AUGCAUCUGGAACGACAUUUAACCAUCACUGGUGCAAAAUCAGAAAUGUUAUUGCGAGAUAUGGCUGACUGGUCCAAGCAGAAAGUAUUGAAUUAUAUCAAAGAGGGAGACAUGUCGGGAUAUAUGAUGUUUCAUUUUAAUAGCUUAAUUCAAAUCUAUAAAAUUGGAGUUGAAGAUACUAAAAUUUAUUGCAACAAAUUCAAUCGAAGUAAAAGAAAUUUAGUGGCAUGUAAUUUGGAAGCUUUGACACCUGAUAUUGUAAGGGCUAAAGUAGAAAAUGAAUCCAAAUAUGAAAAAAGAAUGGGUUACAUUAACGAUACGUCUUCAGUGAAUAUUCCAGCUCCUUCAGGAAACGAUAUUCGUUAUUUAGAGGUCUUCGAUAAUUUUUUGAAAUCUAUAAAUUUGCAGGGAUUAUCUUCAAGGGAGGAGAGAAGAGAGGAGAGAUUGAUUGAAAGACUGCAUCAAUUACCUGACAAGUAUAGGUAG